AUGGGCUUGGUGUGUGGAGUAUCGCUAGAUCAAGAGGCUCUCGUUCACCACCUACAAGAUGAGUAUGAUGAUGGUGAUGAGGAUCUACGAGAAUUUCGUCGUAAAGCGGUUGCAGGGGAACCAACCUUCACUGAUAGCUUGGAGGUGGUUGAAGACCCUGUCGAAGGGAGAUACAUGGUAUCGCUACCAUGGAAGGGCCAAGAGAGGCCGAAACGUAACUUUGGCCAGGCCUGUGCUAGAGCGAAGGCAUUAGAGCGAACUCUUACCGAUGAUCAGAAUAUCAAGGUGCAGGAGGAGCUCGACAACAUGCUCCAAAAAGGGUGGAUCAAGGCUAUUGAUCCACAAAAGGUUCGACACUUUGCUCCUCUACGACCAGUCUUCCGAGAUACAUCGACGACAACUUCGACUAGGGUCACGGUGGAUGGAAGGGAGAUAAAUCAAUACUUGAGAGUUGGGAGUGUUGAUGGUCAGCUCCUAAUCAGUGAGAUCCUGAUGGCGUGGCGCGCACAGCCACAUGUGAUCAACCUUGAUCUCACCCGUGCGUUCAAUGCGGUAAAACUUCACCCAUCAGCGGGUGAAUGGCUCGCCUUCGUCGCAUAUGGGGCGACAUAUACAUGGUCUAGACUUCCGUUCGGUCUAUGCUGCUCUCCAGCGGGUCUGUUUCAAUGCAUACAUAUUGCUCUGGAUGGCCUUCUGAAAGAAGAUAGAAGAAAUAUAUCGAUUUAUGUUGAUGAUAUAUCGAUAAGAGGAAGCACGAUUCUGACUACUAAGAGGAGGGAGAAGGAAGUCAUCCAACGGCUGAAAUCAAAGGGGUUCGACUUCCAACAGCAGAAGAGAGUCAGCUCCAUCACUGAUCAAGAUCAAGUUAAAAAUCUUGGGUACAUCUGGGAUGUUGGUGCCGACACUGUCAUACAACGACUUCCUAAUAUGGACGUGAACCAACGUUCAAUCACUAAACGACAAGCAGUUGGGUAUUACUGUCGAUGGUAUGAUGCUCUCGGUAUAUUCUCGAAUGUCAGCAUAGCAGCACGGCUAAAUGCUUCGAAGAUCUUCCAGGAGGUCAAAUGCUGGGAGGAUAACAUCAGCGAGCAGCAUGCGGUGGAUCUACAGAAAUGGUAUCAGCAAGUACAGUCACAGCAAUGGUGUAUUCCUCGUUGCGUAUCAACGAAGAAGUUGAUGGUUUUUGCCGACGCCAGUAUCUCGGCAUGGGCGAGCGAAAUCUUUGGUGAACCAUAUGGGUCUACUGAUAAGCAGGCUUCGUUGGUAAAAUAUCUGGGGUCAGCAGGUGUUUUUUCGGCAGCAUCGACUAGGUGGAGCGUCCCGAAAAAAGAACUGUACGCGUUGUUCAAGGCGGUGCAGUUAGUCGAGAAGGUCCGAUCGGCCAACAAGAAGGUGGACCUUGGGUUGCCUACAGCAGAGGAAAACACUGAGGAGUGGCCUGGGUUUGUCUUUUUCGUGGACUCGGCUAUAACGGUGUGGCGGCUCCGUCGGUCGAAGAGUACUGCAAUACGUAAACGUCUCAGUAAAACAGAGACGAGUUGGUUGGACUACAUAGUGGAGGUUUGCGUCAGACUAAAUGCCGAGGUUAUUCACAUCGCUUCAGAGCAAAAUCUAGCAGAUGGAGCGUCACGUGGUCGUCUCGAAGGAUCGGUGUCGAUAACUAUGGAGCAGGUGCAGAUUUGGCGAAGCGGCGGCACGUUGGUCUCGUAUAAACCCGCGACGACGGUAGAAGGAGACAAGACGACCUUCGAUUAUGAUGAAUUGCUCGGUCUCGCAUGCAGCAUAGAUGAGCUCACCACUGGUGACGAGGAGGUCGAAUUACUCAGACCAGAUCAUCCAUUUGGUGGAGCUUUGGCAUUUAGGCAGGAGGUGGAAGACCAUCAGAGGCGAUCUGUCUAUAUAACAGCUUUGAGGUGUCUACUAGAAAAGAAGCCUUUGCCGUCUGGUUGCCCUAUUCCUUCGGAAGUGUUGAAGAGACAGCUACCACUGUAUGAGGUGAGAGAUGGUAUCGUGUUGCGAACGGUACGGAAUUCUACCGAAGGCGACAUCAUCAAACAAGCAUUGCUGGACCCAUCAAGUGGUAGCAUACUCAUUAACAAAAUUAUCGACAAUGUACAUCUUCGCAGUGGUCAUCUGGGCCGUGAUAAGCUGUCGCAGGUCGGUGGCUUCUCGUAUUUCGACAUGCAGUGA